ACAUCGCAUAUCUUGACUGUUCGGAACUGGACGAGCGGCACGCUCUUGCUGAAUUGGGAAAUUCCUGAUACACCCUUGCUCUGUUGUGGCAUUCAGUUCCUCUCGAAUGACACUGUCAUUUUGCCAAUGCUCCCAGAUAUUGGUGACAACCUCCCGGCGAGGCUAGAUAUAUACACACUUAUAGCCGUGAACCCUCAUUGGAAAACGCAGACGAAGGGUUAUUAGUUCCGUCCCUCUCAUGUAGCCUCCUUUUUGACAACGGCAUCAUGUUAUUGAGCCUGAAGCUUGGCAGCCGGCCCUAUGCAUCACUCUCUGCGUCCAUUGUUGGCUGUGGUUCGUCUAAGCUAUUCCGCCAUAAUGGGGACCAAAUUGUUAUAUUGGAGUUGGUGACCGGAGACACUCGCGUGUCCAGUCUUGCAAUUUAUGCUAGUCAGUUUCUAGCAUUUGCGCGAGUGUCUACGUCCGAGGGACGGGCCCGCCGUGCUCCUGGGCUUCCUGCGAAUGCAAGUACGAUAUCUUGGUCAGAAUGGUCAGCCAAUACGACGAGCGUCCCGACGUCUUGGGGUGGAUUGGACGCUUGUUUGGCAUAUGGGGAUCGUUAUGUUAUCCUAGGCGAGACUCCAGAGGGCAUACCUACAAUCAGGGUCUUUGAUUUUCGCCCCUCCAGAAUACAAAGGUUCCGUGGUUCAUUGUCAACGGCUUCAGUGACUUCACAUAGCCGCCCAUGGCCGUCGCCACUCCGAUCUCAGGAUGGCCCAAAUGUAACCACUCGUUUGAUGGAGGCGAGGCCGGUUGCUGGGACACCAUCGAUUUCCACCGAGCUCGAAGCUGCCAAUACCGACGACGAACUCGAUGGAGGGAUAUUUCGGCCAGGCAGUUCUCCAUCCCAUUUUCCGUGCAUUGUGCUAGAGCGCCAGUUGGGUAGAAGGCGACAUGUCCCAAUGAGUGUCAUGAUAGACGAAGAGAACGUAGUUAUCACUUGGGAUUGCACCCCUGGGAGAUUCAAAUACGAGAUACUCAAUUUCUGAUUCAGCGUCCCAUGCUCGCAAGUGGGGUCCAAGUACCAGUUAUCGAUCCUCCGGAGUUCAUGGCUGGCCAUUGCUGGUUUAGUGUCAGUGGAAUCCGGCUCUUGGGAUACUUCAUCGACGGUUGCCCACUCUCAAUCAUAUGGCUAGGGAGGGUUGGUUUAAUUCAGUCUUGAAAUUCACCCGCGGUGCGACGGAAAUAGUGUUCACGAGUUCUUUUC